UAUUCCUUUUUCUAUCCACUUAUUUAUGCUAUUCUCAACCAUGCUAAAGUUGAUUACGAUAGUACAUUAGUGAGAAGACUCUUUUGCUCUAGGUACAGUUGAAGGGAUUGGCGAUGAUGGUCCAUAGAAACAAAAUCUGGGCGGCUUUUCCUUGAUGGAAAAAAAAAGGUGUAAACAGCGGCGGGGACAAGAAUUAUCAGCCGAUUUUUCCGUCCUUUGAUUCCCUCGUACAACGACACGUGGACCCUUUGUUUUCAUCUCUCCUGUGUUGGCAAAUCCGCUUUUCAUUUGGUCAUGGGUUGGGCUUAGAUAACCUACCUUUGUGUGUUUCCCCCAUUGCCUCUCUGCAUUUAAAUUUCUGCCUUACGCCUAGGGUUUCGGGGGAGUUUUCAUAAAUUUUGCUGUUACAAUAUCAGAUCCCUUUGGUUUGCUUCUCUCAAACAAUAUUGCAGGGAGAAGAAAGAUUGUGCUUUUAUUUGUGUCGGGGACAGUCUGGAAUUGCCCUUGAGGUUAAAGAUAUCUCAAUCUGACAUUAUAACACAUUUGAAAAUGACCGAGGGGUAAGACUACGCAUCUGUUGUCCUCUCCAAGUCAGUCUCCUCAGCACCUGCAAAAUUCAAAUGGCAGCUGCUGAUUCACGUGACUCAACUGCACCCUUGUUGCAGCCUCUAGCAGAUAGAGAUUCUUCAACAGCUGUACAGAAAUACGACUCUCUUACAAAAAUGGGUGGUUUCCUUGUUAGCCUGCUUGUUCCUCUGCUGUUCUCCUAUAUAUUUAGGAAUAGAAAAAAGGGAAAGCUGCGUGGAGUGCCUGCUGAAGUUGAUGGGGAUGGUGCUAUCGUGAUGCGGAGCUAUCACUUUCCUUCCCCUGUAGAAAUGCCAUUUGAAGGAGCUUCAACCCUUGCAUACCUCUUUGAGAAAUCAUGUAAAAAACAUGGCUAUGUGCCUUUACUUGGAAGCAGGAAGCUUAUCAGCAGAGAAACAGAAUUCAGCCCAGAGGGUAGAUCGUUUGAAAAACUACAUUUAGGAAAGUAUGAUUGGAUAAAUUAUGCUCGUGCAUUUGAACGUGCAUGUAACUUUGCAUCAGGCUUGGUAGAACUUGGCCAUGAAAGAGGUGAGCGUGCUGCAAUUUUUGCUGAGACUCGAGCAGAAUGGCUAAUUGCCUUGCAUGGUUGCUUCCGUCGUAACAUUACAGUAGUAACGAUCUAUGCUUCUUUGGGGGAGGAAGCACUUGCACACUCAUUGAAUGAGACAGAAGCUUCAACAGUGAUUUGUGAUCGCAAGCAACUAGGAAAGCUGAUUGACAUAAGUACACAAUUGGAUACUGUAAAGCGUGUAGUUUACAUGGAAGAUGAGGGCACUACUUAUGAGCCUUCUUUAUCUGGGGGAAGCAGCAGCUGGACAGUAUUAUCCAUGUCCAGAGUUGAGAUUCUUGGUCAGGAAAGACCUGUUGAUGCUGAUUUGCCAGUAGCUGCUGAUGUUGCAGUUAUAAUGUAUACAAGUGGUAGUACAGGCUUGCCCAAGGGAGUCAUGAUGACUCAUGGAAAUGUUGUCGCAACAGUUGCUGCUGUAAUGAAAAUUGUUCCAGGUCUUGGCAAUAAAGACAUUUAUCUGGCUUAUUUACCAUUAGCUCAUAUUCUGGAACUUGCAGCCGAGGCUGUAAUGGUUGCUGUAGGAUGUGCCAUCGGUUAUGGCUCACCUUUUACACUAACUGACACAUCACCUAAGAUUAAGAAGGGAACGCAAGGUGAUGCUUCUAUGCUUGGUCCUACUUUAAUGACUGCUGUACCAGCUAUUUUAGAUCGUGUUCGUGAUGGUGUGCGGAAAAAGGUUGACGCAACAGGUGGGAUAUCAAAAAGAUUGUUUGAUAUUGCAUAUAACCGUAGAUUAGCUGCUAUAGAAGGAAGCUGGCUUGGAGCUUGGGGUCUAGAAAAGCUUGUCUGGGAUGUACUAGUUUUUAGGAAGAUACGUGCAGUUCUUGGAGGUCAUAUCCGUGGCUUGCUUUCGGGUGGAGCUCCUCUCUCUGGUGAUACACAAAGAUUCAUUAAUAUAUGCCUUGGGGCGCCAAUUGGGCAAGGGUAUGGUCUUACUGAAACUUGUGCUGGAGGCACAUUUUCAGAAUGGGAUGACACAACUGUUGGUCGUGUUGGCCCUCCACUUCCCUGUUCAUAUGUGAAGCUGAUUGAUUGGGAGGAAGGUGGAUACUUAACGGGAGAUUCACCAAUGCCUCGAGGAGAGAUUGCUAUUGGUGGUCCCAAUGUAACACUAGGAUAUUUCAAGAACAAAGAAAAAACUGAAGAGGUGUACAAGGUGGAUGAACGAGGAAUGCGAUGGUUUUAUACUGGAGAUAUUGGCAGAUUUCAUCCUGAUGGCUGCCUUGAGAUUAUAGAUCGGAAAAAGGACAUAGUUAAACUACAGCAUGGAGAAUAUGUUUCCCUGGGCAAGGUGGAGGCAACUUUGUCCACGAGUAAUUAUGUGGACAAUAUCAUGGUUCAUGCUGAUCCAUUCCACAGUUAUUGUGUGGCUCUGAUCACUCCAUCUUGCCAAGCUCUUGAAAGUUGGGCUGAAAAACAAGGAGUUGUUUAUAAGGAUUUUUCAGAUUUGUGUGAGAAAGGUGAAACAAUUAAGGAAGUUCAGAGCUCAAUUUUGAAGGUUGGCAAGAGUGCAAAACUUGAUAAGUUUGAAAUUCCUGCAAAAAUCAAGCUACUUCCAGAUCCAUGGACGCCUGAAAGUGGUCUAGUCACAGCAGCACUUAAGUUGAAGCGAGAAGUUAUAAAGAAGACUUUUGCAGAGGAAUUGAACAAGUUGUAUGAUUAAUGAAAUUCCAGAACAUGGAUAAUGUUGAUGAACUUUGUCUAGUCCUUGGUAAAUCUUAUCAACUUAAAUGGUCAUUUACCAUUUUUAAAUAACUGUUCAGUGAUGAAUUCUGUGACUGAUAUUCUCCCAGUUUGUUUUGUACUUAUUUAAAGGCUGAAAUGGCUAGGUAUUGGCAUUGAUUGUGUUCAUAUUCCCUCUCUGUAACUGCUCACUGUGAGGAAUGGGUGUGAGAAUUUAUUUUAUGA